GCAUUAGCCAAUAAGAAUGCCUAAAAUAUUCUUUGUACUACACAUUGCAAUAGAAACACUUGUGGUUCUCACAUUUCACGUGGCUUUCUCUUCUGGUGAGAUUCUGUCCCAGGCCAGGAGACAUUUCCUGCAAAGCUCCUUUUAAGAGCCUGCAUUGAAAAUGCAACCUUCCCAAGUGGUCAUUGUGUCUCAACCUGGGAGUGGUCCUCCAGUCCAAACCUCCAACUGGCACACUGGCCUGUGUGAUUGCUUCACCGAUUGCGAAGUCUGUCUUUGUGGAACAUUUUGCAUUGAGUGCCUUGCAUGUCAAGUUGCUGGUGACAUGAAUGAAUGCUGUCUGUGUGGAACAAGUGUCGCAAUGAGGACCCACUACCGGACCAAAUAUGGCAUCCCUGGAUCCAUCUGUGAUGACUGUUUGGUGACCCAUUGCUGUCUUCCGUGUUCUCUUUGCCAAAUGAAGAGAGACAUCAAAAGAAGGAUAGCCAUGCGUACUUUCUAAACAGCUAAUGGCAGAAAGCUCUUAUUGAAGCAACUAAAAUCAGCAGACACCUCUUCAGCUUAAGCACUUCUCCACCUUUUGCAACUGAAAUAUUAUGAACAAGUUUCAUCACAACAGAUGGGGAAAAAAAUCAAAUUUUUACACAUUUUAAAUGAAUGCUGUCCCUUAGUUUUGCUAAAUGGUCCACCUUAGUUUUCCCUCCCUUUCAUGCUAUCAAAUUUUCUGGCUUAUAAAUUUUGAAGAUUACAUUUGAAAUAUAAAUCUAAUAAAAGAUUUUGCUAUCAAGA